CUUCGAUUCUUGUUUAUAUUACAUUGUUAGGUAGCAUAUUGGAGUAAGCAAAAAAACUUGUAUAUGUGCGAUACAGAGUUUUGCUUUCCCCAAAUACUGUCUUCACCUCUACUCAUCUGCCCAAUUCUCUCAUCUUUCCUUUCUUCAUUGCUUCUUCUCAUGAAUAUCACUCCCAUCCCCUUUUGGAUCCGUACAUAUUUACAACGACAUCUUCCAUCUCUUUCUCCCACACCCACUCUCCUUCAUUACCUGUCGCGUUCUCCAAUCCAAUUCCCAAGUACAAUUCUGCAUUUUCUGAAGCUGAAGAAUAAGAAAUCCGAAGACGACUCGAUAAAUAGAGCUCAACCUCUUAUUGAUACCAGCGUCUGAGAGCUCUGAGUUUGAAUUCCACGAUAUCACACUUCCAACCCACAGCACCGAGAUUUGAAGAUGAAUAUGAUGACCAUGGACUUGGAAAAUGAACAAGACAAUUUGCAUUUGAGCUUGAGGCUGUGGGAUUCGUUAAAAGUACAAUGCCAUUACAAUUUACAACAUUAUGAUACUUGGGCCGAGGCC